AUUAUCAAACAUAGUGUAAAAAUACACAAAAAGAAAUGGAAAACAAGGAAAUGUUUGUAAACGUGCCUAAAAAGUAAAAAGUAUAGAGUAAAAAAUUUAUAAUUGAUAAAAUUGUGGUAAUUGAUGGGUUUCCUUACGGGUUCUUUUCCUUUUCAUUAUUCCACACGUUCAUUUCUCCUCAUCUCUUCAAUUGUUGAACUUGCCAGCUCUCCAUCCCUUUCUUCCCCAUCACCUUCAAAUCCGUUUUUGGUUCAAGUUUGAAGAACAAGAACCCAUCCUCCAUUAACUUAAAUGAUAUGUUUCAUAUGUUACACUCCAUCAAGUCAGAGUUGGGGAGGGAUUUACAUGUGAAGACAACAAUUCCAUUGAUAUAAUCAUAUUGGAAUUAGAGUCUAAAAUUAGAAUUAAAAAUCUCCGCCACCACCAUUGUUGUCCUCGAACAAACAAUUUGAAAAAAGAAGCAAAUAUUCUUCAUCUUCCUCCAUAGCCAUUACGCUCACCAAAGUCGAGUGACCGUAAACGGAGACGGAGUUGAAAACGAAAACAUCGGAGAAGGAAGAUGGAGAGAGAGACACAUCAGAGAAGGGAGAAGGAAAAUGAAAAGAGAGAGAGAGACAUCGGGGAGUUUGAGAUAAACCUAAUCACCAAUUAUGUUAGUCUGUGGGCCUGAAACAUUUUUCUUUCUUUGGGCCGAAAGUGAAAAGGUUGAAGGCCCACUAACGGAAAACUCCCGAUCGGCAGAAGUUCCCAGGGAUCUUCUUCUCUCUUCCGACCUCCUUUUCGCAACGCUGAAGUGGAAAAAACUAUGGAAGCACAAAGGCGAACGAAGAUGAGGAUCGCUAUAAUCCACCCAGACCUUGGUAUAGGCGGAGCUGAGAGAUUGAUUGUAGAUGCUGCUGUUGAACUUGCUUCCCAUGGACACAGCGUCCAUAUUUUUACAUCACACCACGACAAAAAUCGGUGCUUUGAGGAGACCCUUGCUGGAGCGUUUCCAGUUACUGUGUAUGGUGAUUUCCUACCUCGCCACAUCUUUUACCGCCUUCAUGCCGUUUGUGCAUACCUACGGUGUAUUUUUGUCACUCUUUGCAUGCUGUUCAUGUGGCCAUCGUUUGAUGUCGUACUAGCAGAUCAGGUCUCUGUUGUUGUUCCAAUACUUAAACUGAAAAGGUCAUCAAAGGUUGUAUUUUAUUGUCAUUUUCCGGAUCUCUUACUGGCCAAGCACACGACAAUUUUGAGGAGGCUGUAUAGAAAACCCAUAGACUUAAUUGAAGAACUGACAACCGGAAUGGCAGAUCUGAUAUUAGUUAAUAGCAAAUUUACUGCAUCCACUUUUGCCAAGACAUUCAAACAUCUUGAUGCACGAGGAGUUCGACCUGCUGUUCUCUAUCCAGCGGUUAAUGUAGAUCAGUUUGACGAGCCCCAUUCUUCUAAGUUGAGUUUUCUUUCUAUCAACCGUUUUGAAAGGAAGAAAAACAUUGAAUUAGCUAUCUCAGCCUUUGCCAAGCUUGGGACGCUUGAAGGAGGCACUCUUCAAGAUUACAAUGUAGCUGAUGUUUCCUUGGUCAUUGCUGGAGGCUUUGAUAAACGGCUAAGAGAGAAUGUUGAAUACUUGGAGGAGCUCAAGAAUUUAGCUGAAAGAGAAGGUGUAUCAGAACGUGUUACCUUCAUCACAUCCUGCUCAACACUUGAAAGAAACGCUCUUCUUUCCCAAUGCCUAUGUGUUCUCUACACGCCAAAGGAUGAGCAUUUUGGCAUUGUUCCUUUGGAAGCCAUGGCAGCUUACAAGCCAGUUAUUGCAUGUAACAGUGGGGGUCCAGUUGAGACCAUAAAACAUGGCACCACAGGAUUUCUUUGUUCGCCUAAUUCUCAAGAGUUCUCUGUGGCAAUGGCAAAACUCGUUCAGGAUCCUGCUAUGGCAGCAAGAAUGGGUAGGGAAGCCCGUCAACACAUUGUUAAAUCUUUCUCUACAAAGAUAUUUGGUCAGCAACUGAAUCAAUACAUUGUGGAUGUCGCUCGACUUAAGAGAGACUGAAACGGAAGAUGAAUUUAGUAUCAAGUCGAUUCACCAUUAGAUGCUGCACAACUCUUUGAACCCUAACUUAUGGAUAUUUUGUAUAUUGGUAAAAUCAGGAACACAGUUUACACAUACUGCUUCGUUCUCUCUAUAUAUAUAUAUAUAUUGAGCACUUGUUUGGUCUCUCAGUUGAAGAUGUGAAUUAGAGCUCAUUUGAGUUUGAGUUGUUUAGAUAGAGAACUAAUUUACGAGUGUGAUAAUAGUUAACUGAAAGCUUUGGCCGGAGUUAUAGAAGCUUGAGAAUUUUGGUUGAAACAAUUUCUAUUUGCUGAAAAUUUUGAUGGGAAUUCGAAUUUCCUGUUCAGUUUA